UCCCGGGCGCUCCUCUCGCGAUAACUGCCCGAGUAUAUAAGCGCCGCUCCCGCCCGGGCCCGGUCUCUGAUCACUAGUGAGUGUGAACACCAAAUGGCGGACGACGCCGGUGGAAAUAGGGGUGGCUUUCGCGGGGGCUUCGGCAGUGGGGGUCGAGGCCGUGGACGUGGUAGAGGCAGGGGCCGUGGAAGAGGCCGUGGGGCCCGAGGGAAGGCUGACGAUAAGGAAUGGGUUCCAGUCACCAAGCUCGGCCGCUUGGUCAAAGACAUGAAGAUCAAGUCCCUGGAAGAGAUCUACCUCUUCUCCCUCCCCAUUAAGGAGUCUGAGAUCAUCGACUUCUUUCUGGGUUCUACUCUGAAGGACGAGGUCCUGAAGAUCAUGCCUGUGCAGAAGCAGACCCGUGCUGGACAGCGAACCAGGUUCAAGGCUUUUGUGGCCAUUGGAGACUACAACGGGCACGUUGGUCUUGGUGUGAAGUGCUCCAAAGAGGUUGCCACUGCCAUCCGUGGGGCAAUUAUCUUGGCUAAGCUCUCAAUCGUACCUGUUCGUAGAGGCUACUGGGGUAACAAAAUCGGCAAGCCACACACUGUGCCUUGCAAGGUAACUGGUCGUUGUGGUUCUGUCCUGGUGCGUCUCAUCCCUGCACCCAGAGGUACUGGUAUUGUGUCUGCUCCUGUUCCCAAGAAGCUGCUGAUGAUGGCUGGUAUUGAUGACUGCUACACGUCAGCCAGAGGCUGCACGGCUACCCUGGGUAACUUUGCUAAAGCCACUUUUGAUGCCAUCUCCAAGACCUACAGCUACCUAACUCCUGACCUCUGGAAGGAAACCGUAUUCACCAAGUCUCCAUACCAGGAGUACACGGACCAUCUGGCAAAGACUCACACCAGGGUGUCUGUGCAGAGGACCCAGGCUGCCGCUGUUCCUGCCACCUCCUAAGUGUUGUCAUCAGAAAAUGAAAGGAAUAAAACUAACUUGAUUUGU